GAGGGGAGAGAAGGCGGGGAGGGAGUAGAGGCGGAGGAGGAAUGCAAGCUCCAUCCAGUGUUGAGACCAGGAACAUUUGCGCAGACAGUCUGCGCUGCCCACAACAGACAGGAUUUAGUCGGGAAGUUUUUUUUUGGUUGUUGCCCCAUUGCCGAACAAUCGCCUGCAAAGUGUCUGCAAGGAGCAGGGCAUUUACAUUUCACUGGACCGCCGUCAACAUCAGGGAUUUAACAUGGUGAUCAAAGUGUACAUAGCAUCGUCCUCUGGCUCCACUUCGAUUAAGAAGCAGCAGCAGGAUGUGAUGGGCUUCCUGGCAGCCAAUAAGAUCGAGUUUGAGGAGUGUGACAUCGCAGCCAAUGAGGAGAACAGGAAGUGGAUGAGGGAAAAUGUUCCAGAGGAGUCGAGGCCAACCACUGGGAACCCUCUCCCCCCGCAGAUCUUUAACGAAAGCAAAUAUUGCGGGAACUAUGAAGCCUUCUUCGAUGCCAGAGAGGACAAUGCUGUGUAUGCAUUUCUGGGUCUGACUGCUCCCCCAGGCUCUAAGGAGGCCGAGGCUCUAGCCAAGAGGGAAAAAUUGUAGCUUUGCACCAUUUCCACCUGAGACCUCAGGCCUAAACGUAGACCCAGACCUGGACCCAGACUCAGACAGACCUGGAAUAGAUCCAGAAAAAAAAGCAAAUAAAAAAGCAACUUAUGGAUAUGUGGGUGGUUUAUAACUUCUUUCAUUUUUCUUUUUUUUUUUUUUUUAUUAUUAAUCUGUAUUCAGCUGUGCCUUGUCAGCUGUAGUGAGAAGAGGUGCUAAAGAGCAGAGCAUGAUGGGUACCCGGAACAGUUCUGCUUCUUGCCAUUAACCUCAGCCCACUAAACCUAUUGGCCUAAUGACAUGUCAAUCAUCUAUCAGCAUGAAUGUGAACAUAUUGGCAAGACAUCCUGUGUAGUUUCCUGAUUGAGGACACACUAUCAGAUGCAGCAAACUGUAUACACUGUCAUAAAUGUGACAUAAAUUGACCAUAAAUUGGCCCACCAUACAUCAAUAUCAUCUAUGUAGGCACAGAGUUUUAAAAAGUGUUCUCUAUUUUGGACAAAAAAUGGUUUACCUUAUCUCAAUGCAACAGGUUUAAUCAACAUAUUGUUAAGUAAUUUGUAUCUGCUGAAUCCUGGAAACUUUUCAACAAAUGUUGAUUGGAUAGUUGUGCUCAAAUCAUACCGGUCAUGUCAAAGCCAAAAAUGCAGCACCUUCUGGAGGAGUUACAUCUUAAAAGUCCCAUUCUCUAUGUUUUUAUUUACUUUAUAUUGUCUUAAUGCUGUUUUAAAAGCAAACUGUUUUCUAUGAGAUGAUAUUUGUUUAAAAAUUAUAAUACAUGCCAAAAUAUUUGUGUCUGUAAAGAUCGAGGGAUGUGAGGUGGAUUGUUUUUGCUUUUGUUUUGAGGAAGUGAGAUAGCUGCUUUGUUUUGCUGUAAGCAUUCUGUUUCACAUUGGUUUGGUACUAUAAGCAAUUCCAAUCUUAGAUUACUUCAUAUCUUCUCUGGACAAAAUAAAAGUACAAAUAAAACUGCAAA